UCAAUCAGUUCCUUAUGGAGAGAAAGCCAUCUCCCGUUCUUCAGAUACGACCUCCCACGUUUGGGGACCUAAUUACAGUUCUCAGUAUUGAUGGAGGAGGAAUAAGAGGGAUCAUUCCAGCGACCAUUCUUGAGUUCCUUGAGUCACAACUUCAGGAAUUAGAUGGUGAGGAUGCAAGACUUGCAGACUACUUUGAUGUGAUCGGAGGGACAAGUACCGGCGGUCUUGUGACUGCUAUGUUAACAGCUCCAGAUGAGAACAAUCGUCCUAUGUUUUCUGCUAAAGAUAUCAAGCCCUUCUACCUUGAAAACUCUCCUAAGAUUUUUCCACAGGAUAGAGGCUUGUUUGGUUUGAUCAUGAAGUUGUUCAAAGUAGUGAAUGGACCCAAGUACGACGGGAAGUAUCUUCAUAGUGUUAUAAGGAAGAAGCUGGGAGAAACAAGGCUGAACCAAACCCUAACAUCUAUUGUCAUUCCUACCUUUGAUAUUAAGAAACUCCAGCCUACCAUCUUCUCCACCUAUAAGAUUAGCAAAGAUCCCACAAUGAAUGCUCAACUUUCGGACAUAUGUAUUGGUACGUCUGCAGCUCCAACAUACCUUCCAACCUAUUACUUCAAGAACAAAGAUAAAGAUGGGAAUGUAAGUGAAUUUAACCUCACUGACGGUGGUGUAGCUGCCAAUAAUCCGGCCUUGGUUACAAUUGCUGAAAUCACCAAACAAAUCUCCAAGAAACAUCCGGAUUUCUUCCCUAUCAAGCCAAUGGAUUAUGGUCGAUUUUUAGUCAUCUCCAUUGGAACUGGUGUAGCAAAGGUAGAACAAAAAUACAAUGCUAAUGUGGCAGCCAAGUGGGGUGCUAUAAAAUGGUUAUUUAAUGAUGGAUCAACUCCAUUAGUUGAUGUGUUCUCUCAAGCAAGUGGAGACAUGGUUGACCUCCACCUAAGUGUGGUCUUUCAAGCAUUGCACUCUGAAGAUAAUUACAUAAGGAUUCAGGAUGAUUCAUUAACUGGAACUGUAUCAUCAGUUGAUAUUUCUACCCAGCAAAACUUGAACAGUCUUGUGAAGGUUGGAGAAGAGUUACUGAACAAACCAGUUUCGAGGGUGAAUUUAGAGACUGGCCUCACUGAAACUAUUAAAAAUGGUGUUACUAAUGCAGAGGCUCUUAAAAGGUAA